UAAUCUAUCUAGGGCAAGAAGAAGACAAAAUUUCAGGCUUUUCAGGUCCAUCGUAUCGUCCAGCUCCCAACUCCAGAACAUCGGGCCCUCGUUCCGUUUCGCUCCUCCUCCUGCUCCAUUCAUAACGACGAUGAACAUCCCAAACAGUCGAUCCAUUCACUCUCGACUCUGACUCUGUUCACCCCUCUCUCUCUCUCUCUCUCUCUCAGAGGCAAGUCCUCUUCUUGUUCUCUCUUCCAGGUUUGCUGAAAAUGACUGAGCCAUCCAAGGUGAUUCACGUCCGCAACGUUGGGCAUGAAAUUUCAGAGAAUGAUCUGCUUCAACUAUUUCAGCCAUUUGGAGUCAUCACGAAGCUUGUAAUGCUCCGUGCAAAGAAUCAGGCUCUUCUCCAAAUGCAAGAUAUACCUUCUGCAAUUAAUGCCUUGCAGUUCUACACAAAUGUUCAGCCAAGUAUUAGGGGUAGGAAUGUAUAUGUCCAAUUCUCAUCACAUCAAGAGCUUACCACAGUGGAUCAGAAUGCUCAAGGGAGAGGAGAUGAGCCCAAUCGGAUUCUACUGGUUACCAUUCACCACAUGCUGUAUCCUAUAACAGUAGAGGUGCUGCAUCAAGUGUUUUCUCCUUAUGGAUUUGUGGAGAAGAUUGUGACUUUUCAAAAAUCAGCCGGAUUUCAAGCUCUUAUUCAAUACCAAUCACGCCAGAGUGCAAUUUCAGCAAGAACUUCUCUUCAGGGACGUAAUAUCUAUGAUGGUUGCUGUCAGCUGGACAUUCAGUUUUCAAACCUUGAUGAGCUACAAGUGAACUACAAUAAUGAGCGGUCAAGGGAUUUUACAAACCCGAAUUUGCCUUCUGAACAGAAAGGUAGAUCAUCACAGCCUGGGUAUGGGGAUGCUGGAAGCAUGUAUGCCCUCCAAGCUGGUGGAGCACGGGCAGGUGUUCCAGUUGCAUUUCCUCAGAUGGGUAAUUCUGCUGCAAUAGCAGCUGCCUUUGGAGGAGGUUUGCCUCCUGGAAUAAGUGGAACUAAUGACAGGUGUACCGUUCUUGUCUCUAAUUUAAAUCCUGAUAAAAUAGAUGAGGAUAAGCUUUUCAAUUUGUUCUCUCUAUAUGGAAACAUUUUGAGGAUCAAGCUCCUGCGGAAUAAACCAGACCAUGCACUUGUUGAGAUGGGCGAUGGAUUUCAGGCUGAGUUGGCUGUACACUUUUUGAAGGGAGCUGCGCUUUUUGGGAAGCGGUUGGAGGUCAACUUCUCCAAGCAUCCAAGCAUAACUCAAGGCGCUGACACGCAUGACUACAUGAACUCAAAUCUUAACCGCUUCAACCGUAAUGCUGCAAAGAACUACCGCUACUGUUGCUCACCAACCAAGAUGAUCCAUCUCUCUAGUCUCCCUCAGGAUGCGACAGAGGAGGAGAUAGCAAAACAUCUGGAGGAACAUGGCCCUAUCGUAAACACAAAGGUUUUCGAGAUGAACGGCAAAAAGCAGGCCCUGGUUCUCUUCGAGAACGAGGAACAAGCCACUGAAGCCCUAGUGUGUAAGCACGCUAGCUCUUUGGCUGGGUCGGUAAUCCGGAUUUCUUUCUCCCAGUUGCAGGAGAUUUAGGUCGCUGUAUGGUCGGAGGCAUGGCAUGGUAAAACCUUUUUGCUCAAAUAGUGGGAGUUAGGACCCAUUUUUUUUUUUUUCUAUUUAUGUGAGCGGCCGUCUUCUAAGUCUCAACUUUUGAUGUAGAUUUUGAUUGCUUCAUAAUCAACGACGCCCUCUACUUUUCU